AUGAUGCAUGCCGAUCCUGAAACUUCCGCCUGGAUGCCCUGUCAGAGUGUGAAUUAUACUACUAUCGACUGGGGACAACAGAGGAGACGACUGGAAAAUGAAAUACGGAACAAGAUCCUCCUUGCUAUGACUGCGACGGAUCAAGUUUCCCUAGCAAAGAAAUACUGCUCAAUUUUGAAUCUGAUGCCGGAUUGGAAUAUUUCGGACGGUCUAACAGCAGGGUGGAGUGAGGACGCUCUGAAUUGGCUGCCAUCCGAUGCCCGACCUGAAGCUGUAUAUAAUUCGAAGAAUACCUCCAGGAAGGCAGGAUUACUGCAAGUGCCUGGAAGUGCUGGGGUCCUAGAGUCAUCCUCAAGAGAGAACCCUGAUAAUAGGAACAAGCGAAAGCUGAAUAGGGGCUUCCCCGGUAUACAGAAUCUUAGCUCAUCGUCUCCUGCAGCAACUGAAUUCAGUAGACUGGCUGCCACAGGAGAUUGUGUCAGGAUAGAAGAAUCUACUGUUGGAACUCUCAGCCCUCACAGGCUUACUGACUCCCUGGUAAAGACUGAGGAGGCUCUUACUCCCCAGAAAUUUGACGAAAACACCCACAUAGAAUAUAAUGAUUCUGAUGAUACCUCACGUCGAGGUAUGGUUUAUGGAAUCCCCUGUCGUAUUGGAAUCUGUUCGUCCGUGCUAUUCUUGAUUUGGAAGGUAUGA